CCCUGCAGGGAGAUGGGCAGUGGACUUCACUCCCACUCUCUUGGAGACUCGAUUUAUGGCUGUCUUCAAUUCAGAGAACCAUGAGCAGUGAAUGCUUGCUACCUUACUACACAGCCCACAGCUACCGUUCAAAGGGCGUGUUCAAUACCUCCAUGGGGGACCUGCAACGACAACUGUACAAGGGAGGGGAGUAUGAUAUUUUCAAGUACGCGCCCAUGUUUGAGAGUGACUUUAUCCAGAUUAGCAAAAAGGGAGAGAUGAUUGACGUGCACAACCGCGUCCGAAUGGUGACGGUGGGCAUCGCGUCCACCAGCCCCAUCCUCCCGCUGCCCGACGUCAUGCUGCUGGCCCGGCCAACCAAAGUCUGCGAAGAGCACACCAAACGCGUCCGGUCCGCCAAGGGGAGAGGCCGCAAGCCCGCCAAGACCCUGGAGCUCACCCGGCUACUGCCUUUGAAGUUUGUCAAGAUCUCCAUCCACGAUCGAGAGAAGCAGCAGCUGCGCCUGAAGCUUGCCACGGGUCGCACUUUCUAUCUGCAGCUGUGUCCCUCUGCAGACGGGCAGGAAGACCUGUUUGGCUACUGGGAAAAACUUGUCUAUCUCCUGAGGCCACCCGUGGAGAGCAGCAGCAGUACCCGGAUACCACAGAGCGGGGAUGCAGCGACCAUAGAGGAUGACAGCAGCCUAUUGACCGCAGAGUUCCGUGGAGAUGGAGAUCAGAACGAGGCGAGGUUUUACAAUCUUUGUGAUGUGUCCAGAGCCACUUCUUCCGGUUAUGCUGGGGGAGAGGGAAUGCCUGCUUCAACUCAGGCCAAGAAGACUCCGGGGACUGCCGAAGGAGUCUCAAAGGGGGCAAGCGCAGGCCUGGCAGUAGCAGGAACGACAGCGGGAGUGGGAUCAAGUCCUAAAGCCAGCAGGGCAGCAGCAGGAGCCAGAGCAAGUCCCACAGCAGGUGCUUUGAGCAUAGCAGCAUCCCAGAAUGCGGGCACAGGCCACAUGGACGUGGCCGUGGCUGGAGCCAUCACCAAGGGUCCGGGAGAAAGUGGAUCCAGCAAGGCCGCGGCAGGUGCCACCAACAUAUCCUCAGAGGGCACGAACGUGGCCUUGGCGGGUGCUGCCAGCUCGUCUUCAUUAACAACUUCCAUGGCAAUGGCAGGGGCUACCAAUGUCUCCCCAGCCAGCAGCACCAGCGUCACGUGCAUAGUGACAACCACCAGUCCGGAUGCAGAAAGAGCUGGAGGCCACGUCUCAACCUUGAAGGGUCAACGGGAAAGGAGCCCGAAGGCCUCCCAACCCAGAGCUGAAUCUCGGAGGGGGAAAAAAGAAAAGAGGGAAAAGAAGGACAGACACCCUUCCACAAGGAAAAGUUCCCAUCACCACAGGACAGGAGGGAACAAGUUGGUCCGGAAAUCCUCGUCCCACCGGUCAACCUCUGGCCAUAAAAACACAAGAGAGGACAAGAAAGAAAAGGGGGCGAGCAACAUCAAGGGCAGGAGACACGGCACUCACAAGAGUUCCAGCCGCAGCUCCGCUGUGAAGGAGUCCAGGGCACCUCACAAGCUGGGGAAGAGCAGGUCUGCCAGCUCCGGUACUUUAAGUAAGAAAUCCAGCAAGAUCGGCUCUUUCUUCAAGAGCUUCCGAGUCACUCGUGGUUCAAAAACCGAGGUCUCGUCGCACGACAGGGAGAUGGACUUCAAGGCCAAGAAGGUAGGGAAGCGCAACAUCGAGGCCAAGGUAGAGAAGGCCCCGGGAGGCCGGGAUCUGGAGAUCACUGGCACCGUGACAUCGGAGGUGUUGGAGACGAUCUACAUUGAGACCAAAUCCAAUUAGACAGGAGCCAGGCGGGCAGGAAGCUGCAGCGGAGACUUAGCCUCGCGAAAGUAUCCCCAGAGAGACAGUGCCAGCGUUCUUUAAUAAAGGAAACAAUACACCUCCAAAAGAAAUGCUGCUUUUGUUGGGCUUCCAAUGUCCCCUCUCCUGGUGGUGACUUCACAGUGGUGUCUGUGAUGUAAACUGUGCUAAGGCCUGAGACUCCAGCCUCUGGUCAGGCAGAACCCCACCUCUCACCCAAGUCCAACAUGAGUGUCCUGUCUGGUCUCCUCCCCCUUUUGUCUUUUGGUUUCCCCAAGACAAUGGCCACCAGUGACAGGUGCCGGGCAGGGAAGGACCACCACCACCAAGUCUCCAUGCCCUUCCUCCUCUUCUCCCAGAAGGUCCCUGAACA